CGUACAAAGUACAUCAACUCUGCUAUUUAGCUGGCAAACAUAUCAAUUUUUCAGGCAUUUGUGGUUUAAAGUUUUGCCUUCACGAUGGCUGAUUUUAGAGGGAAAGCAACCGAUCAAAUGAAGCUAUGGAAAGAGGGCCGAAGCGCUCAGCUAGAAAUUAGGAAUCGGCCCAGGAGCGGGCCUCUUCCGGGGGCCGGAACUGAUUGAAUCGGUCCGGAAUCAAAAUGAAUGACUGCCCAGUCAGUUGCAGCGAUAAGGGGAGUUGCAGCGAUAAGACAAGUUCGUAAUCAUGAAAAAGGGGUAUAAAUGUAUUCCGAGCGUGCAAGGGAACCAUGCCUGCAAAGCCCGUUACGCACCUGCAUAAGAGGCCAGACACCCUGACCACAGGGGCUGGUCACCCGGUAGGGGACAAGCUGAAUAUAAUGACCACAGGUCCCCAGGGGCCCCUCCUGGUGCAGGACACCCCGUUCAUAGAUGAGAUGUCACACUUCGACCGUGAGCGCAUCCCAGAGAGGGUGGUGCACGCCAAGGGAGGCGGAGCGUUCGGGUACUUUGAGGUGACACAUGACAUCUCUCGCUACUGCAAGGCCAAGGUGUUUGAGCAUGUGGGAAAGACCACACCUAUCGCCGUCCGCUUCUCCACCGUGGCUGGGGAAUCGGGCUCAGCCGACACAGUGAGAGACCCACGUGGCUUUGCAGUCAAGUUCUACACUGAAGAGGGCAACUGGGACCUUACUGGCAACAACACCCCCAUAUUCUUUAUCAGGGAUGCCAUGCUGUUCCCAUCCUUUAUCCACUCUCAGAAGCGCAACCCCCAGACUCACCUAAAGGACCCAGACAUGGUGUGGGACUUCUGGAGCCUGCGGCCUGAGUGUAUGCAUCAGGUGUCCUUCCUGUUCAGUGACCGUGGUCUGCCUGACGGCUUCCGCCACAUGAACGGCUACGGCUCCCACACCUUCAAGCUGGUCAACGCCGAGGGUCAGCCUGUCUACUGCAAGUUCCAUUACAAGACCGACCAGGGCAUCAAGAACAUGAAACCUGAGGAUGCCGAGCACCUGGCUUCCACCGACCCGGACUACGCCAUCCGAGACCUUUACACCUCCAUCGCCAACGGCAACUUCCCCUCCUGGUCCUUUUACAUCCAGGUCAUGACCUUUGAGCAGGCAGAGAAGUUCCAGUGGAACCCCUUUGACCUGACUAAGGUGUGGUCUCACGAGGAGUACCCCCUCAUUCCUGUGGGGAGGUUGGUGCUCAACAGAAACCCUGCCAACUACUUUGCUGAGAUCGAGCAGCUAGCCUUUGACCCCAGCAACAUGCCCCCAGGCAUCGAGCCCAGCCCUGACAAGAUGCUGCAGGGGCGUCUGUUCUCCUACCCAGACACACACCGGCACCGGCUGGGCGCCAACUACUUGCAGCUGCCCGUCAACUGCCCCUUCAGGACCCGUGUGGCCAACUACCAGCGAGACGGGCCCAUGUGCAUGUUGGACAACCAGGCUGGCGCUCCCAACUACUUCCCCAACAGCUUCAGUGCUCCAGAGACCCAACCCCAGCACGUGGAGACCAGGUUUAAGGUGUCCCCAGAUGUGGGCCGCUACAACAGUACUGACGACGAUAACGUCACACAGGUGCGUACCUUCUUCACUAAGGUGCUGAACGAGGAGGAGCGCCAGAGGCUUUGUCAGAAUAUGGCUGGUGCCCUGAAGGGAGCCCAAGUCUUCAUCCAGAAACGCUGGGUUCAGAACCUGAUGGCUGUGCAUGCAGACUAUGGAAACGGGGUCCAGGCCCUACUCAACAAUGCUGAGCCCAAGAAGGAUGCUGUGAGAGUGUAUACCCGUGGAGGUGCAGCUGCCAUCACUGCCUCCAAGAUGUGAUGCCUUAACUUCCACCUGGGGGGCAGUUCCACCUUUUGCGCUUACCAGCCUGCUAUCCAAGAUCCUACUUCUAACCGUCCGUGAAUGCGAUAGAUAAUGAAAUGGGAAAUGAUCAUAUUUUAAUAUUCCUCAGGCUGCUUACAACAUUGUUCUAACGUGUUUCCUCUCCAUUUUGCCAAAGUUCACGCAGAAAUGAAUGUAGUCAGACUGCAGCCCUAUGGGAGAAGAUCUGUCCCCAAACUACAUCUGUCAAAUAUACAGGCCUGCUGUCUGAAAUGUUCAUGCCAUUUUCAGUAUAGUGAUCCAUCUCUUCCCAAUUAUGUAUCGUUUGUGUGUCCAUGUUUCAUCAAAGCCCUGAUAGUUAGCUUAAAAGAGGUAUCUGUUAGCCUAUAUGCAAAAAAAUGACAUUUAUCCUAGUUAAACAAACCACCAAUGUUUUUGAAUGAGAUUCAUAAUUCUUUUUCAGUUUAAACUUAAGUUCUCUUCAAAAGUGUUCCUGUGUUAAGGCCUACACCAUAUUCCUUGUUUAUAUUAGAAAUAGUUGCCGGCCAUCGAUUGGUGACUGUGAUUGAGUCAUGAAAGAAUGUUUAAGUCAUCGUCCUUUCAGCCAAACCAACACAGCAGUGCCUUUUUGGUUAGAAACGUAUCCAUAGUCACCAUGGCAUUAUAAAGGGUUUGCAAUGAUUUAUGAAUAAUCUCAUGUACCAAAUGUCCUCUGUAUAUUAGUGUUUUUUUUGUGUACAUACUCUGAAUCACUAAAGGGGCUGGGUUGAAUUGGGGCUGGGGAAACAAGAACCACUACUUUUUACUGAGGAUAAAUCUUAGUCCUUAUCCCUUCUCACAAAUCUCCCUACGCGUUUUCUAUGUUCCAGCUGAGCCCUGGGCUGUUAGUGUUUCUGUGCUAGGUAGCAUUCCCCAUCAUAUCGCCUGUCUGAAGUGAUUUGUUAUAUUAAUAUGCAAUUGUGAACUUUGAACCACAAAAUAAGAUGCAUUAUUGAGUGCUUGAUCUUUCAAUUUAUGCUAAUAUAUCCAACGGCAAUGCUAUA